AUGGGUCUAUCUCAAAGAGCAUCGGCGGAUGCCGAAGAAAAUAACAGCCACGACGAUCGAAGCGCAAUGGAACGAUCAGAUGAUGAGACCGACGCUCCGAUUCGGGCUUACCGAGAGAGGCGAGCAAUGAACGAGACCUCAUCGGUACUUCAUCAUUUUGAUCGAGUGGACGAGGAACAAAAAAAUACGGCAUCAACACCCAUCCUAAUGUCGAUCGAUCCAGAAGAAAGCGAGAGCGAAGACGAUGUGAAGUCGGAGCUUGAUCGAUUGGAUAUACCAGCGGAUAUCGAAGAUGAUCAAGAAGAUCAAACAACAGACGAAUCAAGCGAAAGCGAUGGAUCCCCUGACGAUGAACACGACUGUGAUGAAGAAUGCGAGGCCCAAGAGAUCUUCACUGAUGAAUCAAUCGAAGAUUUCCUCUCCUCAAAUACUUCGAUGGAAAAUACACGAAUAUGGAUCCAAAAACUGGUAAAGCGAGUGCGCUCAUGCGUGAACUACAUUCGAAAUAAUUGCGCGAUUAAUGAUUACGUCUGUAAUCGAGCAGGCUCCAAUCUGCCACCUAUUCGAGCAGGUCUCGUAAUCGAUUUCGAGGUUCGCUGGAAUUCAACGUACAUCAUGCUCGAUCGAUUCAUUAUUCAUCGCGCCAUCCUCAACGAGAUCACGACGGAGCCAUUGAAAAUUCCCGUUGAAUUUGCAUUGAGUGGCUUUCUGAACACAGAAACGAUUGGCGAUUCCACAUUCAUGAAAUGUCUCAAAGCAUGUGUGUCCGAGAAGUUUGAACAUUAUUUUGUUCACGAAAUGGGAAAAUCUCAAAAGGAUGCAAGUUUGUUUAUUCUCAGUAGUAGGCCUGUAACUUAUAUAUCAGAAUUACAAUGA